CUGUACUGCACUGUAACACGAAAACAAACAUCUCUCAAGUCAAAUAAUAUAAUUCCUGUUCGAAGUCGAAGAAACACAGACAAUAAAGCCCAACUAGGUCAACGUUUCAUUUCCGAGUUUCAGUGAAGAAUAUUCGUGCAAUGACCACCACAUCGAACGACUCUUUAUUUCGAUCUUCUUUCUAUCAUAUCACAGCGAACAAGCUGGUGUUGUUGGGGGUUCUAUUGCUUGGAAUCAUCGGGGCAGCUAUGGCGGAACAGAAGCGAGUGGGUGGGAUGACAGGCGUGACGUCGCUUGAAAAUGGUUUAGUUAGCGCCGAAGAUAAGAAUCUAAUUCAGGGAUUGCUUGAUAAGGUAAGGCCCGAUGCAGAGCUAAAGGCAGGAAGGAAAUUUGAUGAAUUGACACCUGUAGCAUAUGCAACCCAACUUGUGAAUGGAGUCAACUAUUUCAUAAAGGCCAACACCGGUGGCACAGGUGACAAAAGAUAUGUCGUCAUUCGCCUGCACAAGUCAUUCCGUGAUGAUGUGACUUUCCACAGUAUCCAAGUGGAUAAGACAGAGGCGGAUCCUAUUACAUAUUUCUAGAUUCUUCAAUUAUAUUCUUCAUUUAUAUUCGGACUCAUCAAUAUCUCCAGCAUGUUUUAAAUAGCAACAAACUUCCAUUGCCUAAAUAAAAAAUUAUUAACAAUAUGCUGUCAGUAUGUUAAUAAGCAUUGCACAACACACAUUUAAAAACAUAUUGAAUCUUUUUCCAUUGAAUUAUGGCCAUCAUAUGGUUAUAUUAAGCAGUAGUAAAAAGCAAGAUUUAUUGCUGAGAAGUUUUUAUGUGAAUCUGUUGUAUGGUUUUUCAAAAUAUUCCUAUAUCUGUGUUGUAUUAUUUAAAUUAUUAUAUUGGGUGAUUUCCUUCAAAUAUUCAUAAAAGCAAUCCAUUGAAAUAUUUCAGAAAACUUCAGCAGUUUUAAUCGUCUCUAAAUUGUGCUUUCUUGACCAAGACUCUUUUCAAAUAUGAUCCCCAGGAUAUGAUCAAGUAUAUUGAAAUAAUACAUUCUUUGUGAAUAACUACUACAUACAUGUAGCUCUUUUAGCAUUUAAGCUGUGUCUGUUGUGAAUUUACAUGCCAUCACUGUUGUAAUAUGAUAUAUGUACUUUCCUGGUAGAUUGUGGGAAUGUUUUCAACUUCUCAUAUUACAUUUUACAUCUAAAGCAAGGAUGGCACUUCUUGCAAUGCAGUACAUGUAUUAAUUCUGUCAAGGGCUUGUGGCAGGAUGGGGGGGGGGCGCAGCAAGGUACUCAAAGUGUUUUAUAAUCUACCAUCUGCUUUUUAACUGCAAGUACAGUAUGUUUCACUGGCUUUGCUGCUUUUUCAUUCGGGUUGACCACAUCUCUUUUCAUCAGACAUUGAGAAUCAGGAUUAUUUUCACCCAAAGCAUGAUAACUGAUAUACAUGUAUGCACUUAAAAUUGAUGGUCGUCUUCAUUCAGUAGUUUUUAUCUGUUUAUGACUUUCUCUCUACAACUUUGAUCUACAUCUGCUCAUGUAUGUUCAAAAUUGUGUACAUGUACAUGUAUGUACAGUACGCUGUACAUGUUUUUGUACAGUUUUUAAUUAUGGUUUCCGCCGCUCAGAUUUGUCACAUGCUGAACUAUAUUUUAAUAUAUAAUAUACAUGUAAAAUGAAAGUGAAACAAGCAACUCCCCACAUAUACAUGGCAAGGUAUGCUGCUAGUGAAUAUGAUGACUUCAAUCAUAUAAAUAGAAACCUUGAUUAUAUAGCAGUAACAUGAAAUAAAACAAACAAAUUUUUUUGUAUCAUUCAGCGUAUGAUAGCAAAGUGUGCUGUUUAGAUAAAAAUAUGAUGGCUUCGUGUCACCCUACUGUAGUCAAUAAUAUAAUCAUAAAACCAUCUGAACUUUAAUCUACAUUGAGCUUCCAUAUCCCAUUUCCUACAUACAUGUAGUUUUGAAAUCUUUAGAGCCAUUAAAUAGUAAUUUAAACCAAUAUACUCCGGUAAUUUCUGAAUCAGGUUAGCAUGUCUCUGUUGUGAAAACUAUUCUUCAGGUAUAUGUCUAUUGAAUGAAUCAAUAUGCAAUAUGUCAAAAUGAAUGCAUGAUGGAAAAGAAAAAGAAAUUUCUAUAUAUUUUAUACUCUCAACUUUCUUACCAUUUUCACAUGUGUAUUAUACUAUCUCCGUGAUGGUCAAAAGAAUAGAAUAAUUGAUGUCUUCUUCUGUUUAUUUGUUGAAAAAAAGUACAACUUUGUUUUUAAAUUUAAAUGUAUAGAAUCUUCUUAUAUGGAUACAAUAAACUUAUUUCAGCUUUA